AGAGUACCUGGAUCACGUGGCGGUGUUAAGGCGCGUGCUGCAGCUGUGUGUUGCUGUGGUAUGCUGCGGGUGCUGCUGUGUGUGAGUGAUGGAGGAUGGGGGGUUGGUGGAGACUCUGUACCGCUGGAGAGACGCGCUGAUCUGCGGCUCCUCUGCGGGAAAGAGCGGCUGUGUGUCCGCAACUCUGGGAGCUCUGUCCCUAUCAUCCCUGCUCAUCUCCUGCUGCCUGCUUUUCUGCUACAGGUGUAAGGUAAAUGCCUGUAAUGCAGGGGGCGCCGUAGCCUGGGGCAUUUACUGUUUAAUUGGAGAUUUCUGUAACACUGCUGGAUCAGUACUCGCUCAUCAACUACCUCUACAGAUCAUUAUGGCCUUUUUUAUGUUAACGUUGGACGUGUUGCUUUUAACUGCAGUCAUUUUGCCCUUCUGUUGGUUUCACCACUCAAGAGCUGGCAGGAGAGCGCGGGUGAUGAGCAGGAGGAGGAGGCAGAACUCUCUGGCUGUGUUUCUGCUGUUUGGGAUGGGAGGAUCUGUUUACUUUGGAAUUCCGGUUAAACCCCACAGUCCGUCAGUUACCGGCUCGUCUGUGUCCGGCAGGAAGCUGCUCGGCGUUUUCCUGCAGGAUGAGACGGAGCUGCUGGGGUACGUGCUGGGGCUGCUGUGGUUUGCCAUCAGCUGGACCUCCAGGUUUCUCUUCUUCCUCAAAGCUGGCCGGGCAGAGACGGGUAGUCCUCUGUGGCUGUCCUCCAGGGGUCUAAAAGCUCUGUCCGGUGGUCUUUACGCCUCUGCUAUACUGGUCCAUGAUACACGGCUGGAGUCUAUAGUGAGGGCGCUGCCAUGGAUCCUAUCAGGAAGCUGCUGUGCCAUUCUAGAUGUUAUUAUUCUGUUUGUCUCUUGUUACAGAGUUUAUUCUAAUGGUCAGUCGGUUCAGCCGCUCAGUACAGACACUGCGUCUCUUUUAGGUCGUAGGCUUUUCUCUGGCCAGCUCAGCCCUAAAAAAGAUAAACCUGCCAGAAAACUGCAUCAUCCCUCCAGGAGGAGCAGCACUGCCACAGAGGCUGAGAUUGGAUGUUACAUGGAUGUUCAUUUACAGCCUGUUCGAAAGGUAUGUCUGAAGGAGGUGACGAUCACUCGGGAGGGCUCGGUCGACAGUCAGCCUCUGAGGAGAUGUGUGAAGGUGGUCCGAGUGGAUGAGUGUUAUUCAUCAGGGAGCACCACAGACUCCUCCUCCGUCAGCUCAGAAUUGGAGUGGGACUUUGAGCAGACGAGUCCACAGUGGAGUUCACAGAGUGGAGGGCAGCACAGCAUGGAGGCGUCCCUCCUGCAGGAGAAGACGCUGGAUCAAAGGUCAAAGUGCAGCAGUGGGUCAAAUUCGCCUGCCUGCUUCUGCCGCAGUUCUGAUCCGGAGGAGCAGCCGGUUUCUGCAUUACCUGACGCUAACUUGACUCGGUUAAAUGAUUGAUUUCACAACCUUAUCCUGGUGUUACAUAAAUGAUUCAGUAUCGGCGUAUGAUAUAGUAUGAUGUGUAAUAAAAAAGAGUAAAGAUGAA